AUGACUUGGCCGACGAACUCAUCAGUGACAUUCUCUCCUUUCUCCUGGGCACGGAACCCGUCGCAUACGACCCCCCACGAUCCUUCCCGUGGACCCAAUGGACACUCCCGCAUGGCAUACGGCGAGAAGACGGAGCUGGAUCGGUUCAGACUCGUGUGUAGGAGGUUCAUGCUCAUUGGGACGCCCCGGAAGUUCCCUCGGUUUGUCCUGCGCUUUUCGCGGGACGGAUUUCAGCGGGUGGAGGAUCUUCUGCACAUGCAGCUGGCCUGUCAUGUCAGAUAUUUCACGUACAUGGUGCGACCCUUCUACCAAGGAAGCGGCUGGACCCAAGUCCUGUCCACCGUCGAAUCCGAAGACCGCACCAUCUCGCACAUCCACAAGCAUCGACUACACGAGCAGAGAUACAUCGUGGACCGAAACCAUGAUCUAGCACUAUUGCGGCGGGCGAUCGCCGCGUUCCCCGCUUUGCAGCAGGUCAAUUGUUGCGCCUGCAGGACGAAGCGGACGAGCGAUUACUUGAAUAUCCGGCAACACUCUCUGGAAGAGAACACUCGGCUGGAUUGGGAGUCCGCAUGCUCGCGCGCGGUCUCUAGCCUCGGGCUCUCCUUACUCGAAUCUAAAUGUUCUUCUGUGCGUUUUGUUGCCCCGCAAAUCUGUCCCGAGGCAACGGCUCGAUUGUUGCAAGCCCCCACGACAACCCUGUCGGCCCUGGGAGCGCGGCUGACGAGCCUGGAUGUUACAUUCCAUUCGCGCACCGACAUGACUACCAGCAUGGAGACGCUGUCCCAUGUAUUCUAUGAGUUUUUCCAGGCCACGAAGAAUCUGACAGCCCUCCACCUCGGCUUCCCCGCCAAUCUCCCGCUCGAUCUCUCUCUCGAGCGCAUCUUCCACCGCAUGCAGUGGAAACGACUACGCACCUUGAGCAUCCAAGGCUGGCGCCUGGGCUCAGACGAAAUCAUCUCCCUGAUCCGCCGCCACCGGCGACCGCUGCGCGACCUCCGACUCGCCAGUGUUUACCUGCGGACGGGCAGCCGAUGGCGCGAUAUCCUCUCCGUACUCCGCGACGAGAUGGACCUGCUGGAACGCAUCGAUCUGCGCGAGAUCAAUUACGCCGCGCACUUCGACGCCGACCAGCCCAUGAAUGGCCAUGGCCACGGCGGCGGCGGAGGUGACGGAAUUCCUUCCCCCGACGCUCCCAUCCUGUCAGUGGUCGCCCAACCGACCGCCGAUCCUUUGCCGUCCGCGACCGCCCUCAACACCGACUAUUUAUCGUUCGCCCCACGCGGGAACACCCGUCGGUCCUUCUCUGACGCUACGUUGGAAAAACUUCGGCUGUUGACGGUCGACGAUCUGGGAGAUAACGGGGUGAGUGUACGACGCGGACAGCAGAUCUUCUGGGAGGCAUGGGUCCUGUCCAGUUCGCGAAACCUCAUCCGUCGACGAGGAUAA